UUGGGAUGGUAGGUGGUGACUCGACCUUCCUACCUUGAAUAUAAAUGCUACGGUACUGUUGUUGAAUUGCUGUCGGUUCGCAACGGUAUCCAAGGUCAGAACCCUCAGGCAGGUCAGAUUUUUACUCAAGCACCACACAGGUCAUUUACUGCCUACUAUCAGCAUGGCCACCCGUUGGGGACUCUGUGGCGCUGGGAAGAUCAGCCAUGACUUCAGUGUUGCAAUGAAGACUUUGCCUCCAGGUGAUCACCAGAUAGCCGUCAUUGCAGCCAGAAGCCUGGAGCGUGCCAAGGAGUUCGCCAAGAAGCAUGGUAUUCCUAAGGCCUAUGGCAGCUACGAGGAGCUGGCCAAAGACCCUGACAUUGAUGUUGUGUACGUGGGAGUUCUACACACAGAGCACUGGAGGGUUGGUCUGCUGUUCCUCAAUGCUGGGAAAAACGUCUUGUGUGAAAAACCUUUUGCCAUGAACGCUAGACAGGUGAAAGAGCUGGUUGCUGCUGCCAAGAAAAACAACGUCUUUUUGAUGGAGGCCAUCUGGUCCCGCUGUUUCCCUGUGUACUCUGAGGUGCGCCGGCUGCUGACGGAGGCAGCAGUAGGGGAGGUGAAGCUGGUAAAGGCCUACUUUGGCUCCCCACAGCUCCACAUUCCCCGCUCUGUGAAGAAAGAGUUGGGCGGAGGAGCGCUGCUAGAUAUCGGAGUGUACUGCCUACAGUUCAUCCUGAUGGUGUUUAACGGAGAGAGGCCAAAGUCCAUCCAAGCCACAGGGGUGCUGCUUGACUCAGAGGUGGACGAAUCAGUCGUGGUGGUGAUGAAGUUCUCUGGGAAUAGAAUAGCGUUCUGUUCCUUUUCGAUUGCCACUCGACUUCCAAAUGAUGCCAUCAUCGCUGGCACAGAGGGCUCCAUUCAAGUUUUUGGUCCUAUGCACUGUCCGACCACACUGGUGGUUAACAACAAGGAGACUGAGUAUCCUCUGCCUGAACCAAGCUUAUCUCUGAAUUUUACAAACAGCACUGGGCUUCGAUAUGAGGCAGAAGAAGUCAGGCAGUGCCUGCUCAAGGGACUGAAACAGAGUCCACAGAUGCCUCUGGCCCAUUCUGUCCUCCUGACAGAGAUCAUGGACGAAAUCAGGAGACAGGUGGGAGUUGUCUUCAACCAAGACAGGCACUGACGUGACUCCAGAGCCAAGCUGUUUCAUCUGACCCAGACCUGUUCAGGUGGAUCAGGUCACAGUUGAUCAGUGCAGACUUUGGAUUUUUGACUUACACAGAUGACUCAGACGACAAAGCCCGAGCUCCAUAAAUGAUUCCUGUUUCAAGGGUUAUUAAAUUAUACAAUCAAUAAAUUAUUCCACAUUAACAUUUGGAAAGCUUUAACCUCUGGUAUUGAGGGUUUUUUUUCUCUAUGUACUAUAUAUGUAUCCCUUUACCUCCAAUCAGAGUAAUUCUAACCCACAACUAUAGUUCUGUAUGAGUCUUAAUCCGUGGUUAUACAGUUUUAUUCUCAAAAUCCAGUGGAAAACCAAGAAAGUCACGGUGUAAAUAAACAGAGCCACAGAAGUGUGUGUCGACAUCCUGUAAUCAAGUCAUCAGCUCUUUAAAGACUAACCCAGCUGUCACUGUGAGGCAUGUGAUUGAUGAAUCCAAUAAAGGCCUGAUUGUGGAA